AUGAGUUUCACUCCACCUCCACCUCCAGUGUUUGCUGGUGAGAACUACCACAUUUGGGUAGUCAAGAUGAGAACAUACCUUCAAGCACAAGACUUGUGGAGUGUAGUUGAAAAUGAUUUCGAGCCACCUCCAUUGAGGGCUAAUCCAACAAUUGCUCAAAUGAGGCAACAUGCUGAGGAAAGCACAAAGAAGCAUAAAGCCUUGGCUUGUUUGCAAAAUGGGGUGUCAGAUGUGAUUUUGACCAGGAUAAUGGCCUACAAUUUACCCAAAGAAGCAUGGGAAAAGCUAAAGGAGGAGUUCAUGGGUUCAAAUAAAAUAAGCAUAAGACUCCUUGGAGAAGACUUCAGUGAGAGCAAAGUUGUGGAAAAGGUCAUCACCGCCCUUCUAGAAAGAUUUGAGUCCAAAAUCUCAUCAUUCGAGGACUCAAGGGACUUGACAACCAUUUCUUUGUCUGAAUUGCUUGGCCAGGUUGAGAAGGUGUGCAAGAACAAAGGCAAGGCACUAGCUCAACAGCAAAUUCAAGCUCAGGCUGCUGAGGACCUUCAUGUCUUCACAGCCUCCUAUUUUGUAUCUUCAAGCAAAGUCAAAUCCAACUGGCUAGUGGAUAGUGGCUGUACACAUCAUAUGGCUGCUGAUGAAGGUCUAUUCAGAGAUCUAGACAGAAGCUAUGCUCAGAAUUGUGUUGGACAAUUGGUUGAAAAAGGGUACUCAUUAAUUUUUGAGAAUGGUACUUGCAUUGUCAGAGACACAUGUAGCCAGAAGUUGGUCUCAGUAGCUACGGCUGAUAAGUGUUUCAUGCUUAACAUGAAUCAGCUUGAAAAGAAGGCUUACACUAGCCUUGUUGAUAGUACUGGCCUUUGGCAUAAGAGACUAGGCCAUGUCAACUACAGAUCACUUGAUCUGCUGCAUAAAAUGAAUAUGGUGGAUGAUAUGUCAAAAGUUGAAGUAAAAGACACAGUGUGUGAAAUUGUCAACUUGGCAAGCAGGUAUUUUGUGCUAUUUAUAGAUAACUUGACCAGAUUUUGCUGGGUCUACUUCUUGAAGCAAAAGUCUGAAGUGUUUGAGGCCUUCAGCAAAUUUAAGGCACUAGUAGAAAACCGAUCGGGUUGCAAAAUCAAAGCCUUGAGAACUGAUAAUGGCAGUGAGCAUUUGUCUGAAAGAUAUCAGAAACUGUGUGAGGAAUCUGGUAUUCACCGUUAG